GAAGAGACUGACCCCUCACUUCAAGCACUUGAAUCCCGCCAGGAAGAGAUUCUGAAACGCUUGUAUGAACUGAAGAGUGCUGUUGAUGGUCUCUCAAAGAUGAUACAAACCCCAGAUGCUGACUUUGAUGUAACAGACAUAAUUCAAAGUGAUGAAUGUUCUCCUUUGGCAACAAAUGGAGCAGAUUUAGAUGUGAUGCUUGGAAAGGAUUAUGGUGCCCUGAAAGAUAUUGUAAUCAAUGCAAAUCCUUCUCUCCCUCCACUGUCACUCCUAGUACUACACAGUCUGCUUUGUGAACGGUAUAAAAUAUUAUCAGCUGUUCACACACAUUCAUCAGUGAAAAGUGUGCCAGAAAACCUCCUGAAAUGCUUUGGAGAGCAGAGCAAGAAGCAACCACGUCAUGAAUAUCAGUUGGGCUUUACUCUCAUUUGGAAGGAUGUGCCCAAGCCGCAGAUGAAGUUCAGCGUUCAGACGAUGUGCCCCAUCGAAGGGGAGGGGAACAUCGCCAGGUUCCUCUUCUCGCUGCUCGGCCAGAAGCACAGCGCGGUCACCUCCACGCUGAUCGACAGCUGGGUGGACGCGGCCGUGCUGCAGCUGAGGGGAGGCAGCAGCAAGGAGCGGGGGGCGGUGCUGCGCGCCAUGAACGCC